GGCGGCGGCGUCGUCGUCGGCGGCGGCGGCGUCGCAGACGGGCCCGGAGGCGGCGCGGCGGGUGGUGGUCGUGGCCGUGGCCGUGGUGGCGGCGGCAGCGGCGGCGGCAGGAGCCACAACUGGAGGGCCGGCGGCGGCGGCGGCGGGGCAGCUCCCCCGGACCCCGCGCGGGGUCGCCGGGGCAGGUGGCGUCCUGCGAGGAAUGCGCGGAGGUGGCGGCGCCCUCUCCUUCGCCGUCCCCUCCUCGCGCCGGCGGAUCCCGGCGGCGGCGGCGGCGGCGGCGCCUGCGGGCCGUGGAACUUGAGAAUUUCGUGGCCAACACGUUGCUGCUGAAAGCUCGCCAAGGAGGAUAUGGCAAAAAAAGUGGUCGUAGUAAAAAAUGGAGGGAAAUGCUGAAGCUGCCCCCUGUCAGCCAGUGCAGCGAGCUUAGACAUUUCAUUGAAAAGGAUUAUAGCAGUCUUUGUGACAAGCAACCAAUAGGAAGACUUCUCUUCAGGAAAUUCUGUGAUAUACAGCAAGAUCUAAAGGGAUGCAUUGAAUUCCUGGAUGCAGUGGCAGAAUACGAAGUGGCUGCUGACGAGGACCGCAGAAGCUGUGGACUGCAAAUCCUACACAUGUUCUUCGAUGCCGAGGCAGCAACCCCUUUACCAGAAAUACCUGCCCGUGUUUUGAAAGAAUGUCGGUUGAGACUGAAGCAGAACCCCGGCAAGGACGUCUUCGAGGAAUGCACGAGGCAACCAGUAACGAAGGAUACAUUUAGACAUUACAGAGUUCUAGGAAAAGGCGGAUUUGGUGAGGUUUGUGCCUGUCAAGUGCGAGCUACAGGAAAGAUGUAUGCAUGUAAGAAGCUAGAGAAAAAAAGAAUAAAGAGGAGGAAAGGUGAAGCCAUGGCUCUCAAUGAAAAGAGAAUCCUAGAAAAAGUGCACAGCAGAUUUGUAGUUAGUUUGUGCUACACUUACGAAACCAGAGAUUUCUUGUGCUUGGUGCUAACCAUUAUGAAUGGAGGGGACUUGAAGUUUCACAUCCACAACUUGGGCAACCCUGGCUUUGAGGAGGAGAGAGCUAUUUUCUAUGCCGCCGAGCUGUGCUGUGGCUUGGAGGAUUUGCAGAGGGAAAGAAUUGUGUACAGAGACUUAAAGCCUGAGAAUAUCCUCCUCGAUGACCGCGGGCACAUCCGGAUCUCAGACCUGGGUUUGGCCAUGGAGAUCCCGGAAGGGGAGACCAUCCGAGGAAGAGUGGGGACUGUCGGCUACAUGGCUCCUGAAGUUAUCAAUAAUGAACACUAUACAUUUAGUCCUGAUUGGUGGGGACUUGGCUGUCUGAUGUAUGAAAUGAUUGAGGGACAUUCUCCAUUCAGAAAAUUCAAAGAGAAAGUCAAGCGAGAGGAGGUGGACCGAAGAGUGAGGAAGGACACCGAGCAGUAUUCGGACAAGUUUUCGGAGGAUGCCAAGUCCUUCUGCAAGAUGUUACUCACCAAGAAUCCCAAACAACGGCUGGGCAGCAAAGCAGGAGCAGUGGAAGUGAAGGCUCACCCUGUGUUUAAGGACAUUAACUUCAAGAGGCUGGAAGCAAAUAUGUUAGAGCCACCAUUCUGUCCUGAUCCGCAGGCCAUUUACUGUAAGGACGUCGUGGAUAUCGAGCAGUUCUCCACGGUGAGAGGCGUCUACCUGGACACUGCUGACGACACUUUCUACAGUCAGUUUGCUACGGGCUGUGUCUCCAUCCCCUGGCAGAACGAGAUGAUCGAAUCGGGUUGUUUUAAGGACAUCAAUGAUGUGGAGCCUGAAGAAAAUAUGGUGUUGAAUGUAGAAGAGAAAACACGAUACCCGGUUUCCAAAACGAAGAGAAGCUUCUUCUACAGACUCUUCAGGAGAGGGACAUCUCUCACCAGGGAUCGAGCAUUCCAGAACUUCCAGAAUGGGUAUCAGCCAGACUUUCAAGCCCUUUCUGCUGGGAAGCCGACUGCUACCUCACAGAUUGACCGUGAUCCUUGGGGUCACCAUCAAGAGGCAGGCUCAUCUCUCCGUACACACUGAGACAUGGGACAGUGCAAGUACAGAGAGCCAAAGACUGCAAGAAGAUGCUAAAAGCAGACAGAGGGGCAAAAAGACACAUUAUGCUCAGAGGAGUGACCUUUAAACAACAACUGACUUCUCAACAGCCAGAACGAGAAGCAGAAGACAGUGCAAUCCAAAUCUUUCAUCUGCUGCAGAAAAGUAUCUGCCAACCUCGGAUUCUAUACCUAUCCAAAAAUCCACUGAGAAUGAAGACAAAGUAAAGAUAUUUUCUGAAAAACUGAAACAGAGAUUUCAGCAAUAAAAGGUCCACUAAAAGCAACUCCAUACAGUAUUUUCCUGGCAGAGGAAAAUGAGUCCAGAGGGAAGAUUGGAGAUGUAGGAGGGAAGGAAGAGUAAGAAAAAGGGUAAAUAUGGGAGUCGAUUUAAACAAAUGGGGAUUGUGCAAACCAGCCCUGAUUGUGUCUGUGUCCUCUGCGGUAUGCAUGUGUACUUACAUAGAAUUAAAAUAUGCAGCGAUGACACUCUCAACUGGAAGAAGCUUCGGGGGAGACAGGCAGGAGCCACCAAGUCACCCUUGGGGGCUCCUGGCCCACUUGCCCUAUUCCUUGUGGCUCUGCCUCAUGCCCCAUGGGCUCCUACCUGCUUUGGGGUUCAGAGUGGGUGCCUACCCACAGCUGCAGUACCCCAUCUGUGGGGGCCACUGGGAGCUUUAAACAUCUCCCUCUUGGGGCACCUAGGUGGCUCAAUGGGUUAUGCCCCUGCCUUCAG